GGAUGAUGAAGAAUUGGAGAGAAUGAUGCUUUCUAUAUCCCCAUCCAAACUCCAAGCCCAACUGACACAGCAGGAUGAAGGUGAAAGUGAUCUUCCCAGGCAAGAUCAAAGUGUGCUUCAGGAAAGGACCGACUGGAUAUCUGAGACAAGAUCCCUCAGAUGAAGCCAAGAGGAUCAAAGACAACCCCAAUCUCCAGGACAAAUCAGACCCUCAAAGGGAAGACAAGGUAAAGGAGAAUGCCCGCUCUGUUGUCUUCAUGAGAGGAGGAGAUGUGUCAGACAGAAAAGAGGUGCUGGGAGAGUAUGUGCUUCAGUUUGGAAAGUACAAAGGCAAGUCAUUCCGGUGGCUACUAGAGAAUGAUGUAGGCUAUACCAUAUUCUUGACUAAGAAGGUUGAGGAGGAGGAGAGAGCCGGACAGUUUAAACCAGAGGGUCCCAAGAAGGACAGCCUACUUUCAUUUCUUGAGUACAGUAAUAGCUUCCAGGAAAUCGAGGACCUCCUAAAGUAUUUAACUGGAAGAUCAGUGGCACCACCUGUGAAGAAUGAAGAUGACAACUUGGUUGGCUUUGGAAUUAAUGCAGAAAAGACUUGGAGGGAUGUUUGGGAGAGCAGAGCAGAUGGAUAUGCUGCAUUCAUCCUCCAGAAACAGUGUGUCCCAGGCAGCAAAAUGUAUCGGCUGCAGCUGUACCUCACUCAGAAAAAGAGCCAGCUUCAGAGUGUUUCAGCGGAACCUGCUUCCGCUGGCCUUACAGCAUCUGCCUCUCAUCCUCCAGAAAUGGAGGAUGAUGAAGAAUUGGAGAGAAUGAUGCUUUCUAUAUCCCCAUCCAAACUCCAAGCCCAACUGAAAGUGGAGGAAGGUGAAGAAUUGGGGAGGAUGAUGCUACCCACUCUUUCAUCUAAAAUUCCAGGCCAACUGAGUUCAGAAGUUGUUGGAGUCCCAGUGGUCAAAGGUCUUGUCUACUGCAUGCUAGGGAUGAUUCUGACAUGAAUCAGGAUUAUCUGUUCUACAUUGAUUUGUUGCUGUUUGUUGGUUAGGCCACGUUCAGGCCUGUUCUAAUUCUUGUGUUCAAUUGUUCUACUAACAUUUAUAAGGCAUUUAUAUCUCAUCAUUGAGGGUAAGUACAGAGUUCUUGUUUUGCAUGUUUUUUUGCAUGCUAUACUUUAAAGGUUUGGUAUGUACCAAAAUGCAGAAGUACAGCAAAAGUACAAAUAUGUAUUAAUUUGGACUAGAAUGAUGCAUCCGUUUUGAUACAUGAAGCUGUAGAGUACUCAUGCAAUGUAGUACUCAUGUAAUGGUAAUGCAUUAACAUACCACACCUUUAAUAUUAUAAAGAGUCUUG